CACAGCGUCAAAAAGUUCCCAACUCAUCGCGGAGCUCAUCCCAACCAUUUUAGCAGUCUAGUCCUCACUUGGACUGGGACUGCGUCACUAACACGGGAAACAUACUACAUAUACGGCACGGAUAGCUCGGAUGGAUGCCUCUCCUGAGGAUGUCGGGAGACAACCCCGCGAAAAUAUCGCCGCCACGCAAGAUGUGCUUAUGCAGCCACGUGCCAUCAUAGGAGUUUCUGACGAACCAGUGGUUGCGUCGCCCGCGGUGAUGAAGAAGGAAGAAGAAGAGCCGGAAGAAGGAGAAGUCACCGAGGAAAAACUGGACGUUACUUACCCCGGAUUCUCUACGCCCCUUUUGAAUACGUCAUGGCGCUUGGGCUCCCGUAGCCCGCCAACACCCGACAUCUUCGGGACCCCUCCUCACGACGAUGUGCACGACGAAGAUAUAGAUGCGGAACCGCUCCUGGAAGAUACAGCCGGAUUGUAUCGAGCGGUUCAAGACAUCCAAGAAUAUGAGAAGAACGUAAAGGUCGGGCAGGGCACUUUCGGGGAAGUGACUCUCGCUACUCACAAGCAAACACAGCAAAAAGUGGCGCUUAAACGAAUCAUUGUACAUAAGCACAAAGAAGGGUUGCCCAUCACUUCCAUUCGAGAGAUCAUCAUUUUGAAGGCCUUGAAACAUAGGAACAUCAUAAGUCUUGAUGCACUGGCCUUCAGCAGAGGCGACGAAGAAGAGUACGAACCCGCAACGAUAUACUUGAUUUUUCCAUACAUGUCCCACGAUCUGUACGGGCUCUUGAAGAAUGCCCAAGUCACUCUGGAGCCAGCGCAGAUCAAAUCUUUUGCGCAUCAAACGCUCGAGGGACUUAGUUAUUUGCACAAGAAUAGACUGUUACACCGGGAUCUGAAAAGUGCCAACAUUCUUAUCGAUGACAAGGGAAACCUCAAGAUUGGCGAUUUUGGCCUCGCUCGUCGGCAUGUGACAUCAGCCAAUGUAAUGACCACCUUGACACCAACGGUGGUGACAUUGUGGUACAGACCUCCUGAGAUUCUCUUUGAGGAGAGGAAGUAUAACACCGCGGUGGACAUGUGGGGAUUUGCAUGCAUCUUCGCGGAAAUGUGGGAUCGGACACCGGUCUUCCAAGCGAAAAAUGAAACGAUCGCUAUAGAUAAGAUAUUCACGUUAUGUGGAACACCGACGACGAAAGACUGGCCUGAGCUCCAAAAUAUCGCACAGCGGCAAAAACUGGUUCUGAAGCAGGAAACCAGAAAGGUGCGAUAUAUAUAUAGUCAAGAACGUCUCGAUGUCCACACCAUCAAUUUCCUAGAUUUUCUACUGACGUUGAAUCCCGCAAAACGGCCAACCGCGGAAGAAGCCUUGCAACACGAAUAUUUCCUGAUCGAGCCAGCGACCGCCAAACCCGGCACAGCAGACUUCCCAGGCUGGCCGGAAUCCCAUGAAAUGGCCAUUCAGGACCGAAUAAAUGGAGAGCAGGAAAGAGCCCACGAAAUGGCAGAAAGCCUCGGCCAGGCCUCACCACCACCGUUCGAACUGCGGCUUCCACCUCACGCGGACGCCCUCAUCGUCGACGGAGUUCCAACACCUCGACGUGCGUUGCCCGUCGCAGACGGAGGGCUGAAAAGGCGCCGGGAAAGCGGCGACCAUGAAGGGGACUUGGAACGCGACCGGAAACGCUCUGUGGCAUCAUCACCACCACUUCCACCACGGCCGAAAGGGGACGGGACUAGGCGUUACAGUGAACGAAAACCAUCCGCGCGUCCGGGCGUAGGGGAUUGGUACCAACCACAACCACUUGGCCAUCGAAAACGGACAGAUGGGAGAGGCAGCGGAGGUGGCGGUGGUGACCGCGAGCGCGAUGAAACGGGGCGCAAUGAUUCAGCGUAUGAUUCGCAUCACCAUCGGGAUAAUGAAAGAGAGCGGGGACGGAAGCAUGAGAGGGGUGGUCAUUGGGAUGGGGAUCGCGACCGGGACAGGGAGAGGGACAAGGAUAGAGAAUGGGAUCGGCAUAGAGAUAGGGAUAGCGAUAGGGAUUGGAACCACGACCGAGACCGUGAUCGGGAUGGCAGAGACAGGGGCAAGCCAUCACAUCCCCGACACAGAGACGACAGAGGAGGACCGAUCAGUGCUGGCCCAUCGCGAAGACCACCUCACCAUGAAGGCCAAUCUCCGGAACUCCAAGGGCCUAGGCAUGCAUUACCACCUCGCCCUGAGAUAUCGUAUGAUUGAGCUCGCCCUCCAAAUAUCUUUUUGACUAUCUAUUCGAUCCUGCGUGUCCCGUUCAUUAUGCGUAUGAUGCUAGUGUAUGUAUUUACAAGUAUUGGGAGGUGGCUAUCCUAUUCUGGUGUAUACAAACGUCCCCGUUGGAGUAAAUACGAUUUUCGGAGGUGUAUCUAUGGCUUUCUCCGUCCUUUUCCGUGUACUUUGCGGCAUUCAUGACCUCCU